AUGGGCGAUCGUCAACAAGUCGAAAUCGGCUCAAAAUCGGCUGCUGGAACUUCGUUCGUUCAUUUCUCUAUAUCCCACGCCGUGGCCUCUAUUACCCCCCCCAACUUUACCCCACUACAACCCGUGCACUCCCUCAUCCUCGACGAACUCAUCGCCUCUGCCCCUCUAUCCGUCCUCACUCUCUGCUCUUCUGUGCACAAACGCGCUCUCUCCAUCCUCUAUGCCGACAUCUACUCCUCACCUGCUGUAUUCAAGGGCUUGCAAUCGAACGAGGGGUACGAGAGAACAGUCGAGUCCCUCAAAAGCACCAAGACGAUACGGGUCCGCGACUUUACCAGUAUCGAUACUCUCUAUUCUCUUUCAGGUCCAGAGCGCGAACAACCGCCUGCACCAUCUCCUUCAUCCCCUGGCAACAGUGCCCAUCCUUACCCUCGCCGAUAUGUCAACCUCUUCCCCAACCUUGAGCGUCUCGAGCUUGGUUUCCCUGCGCUUCAAACGACAUAUCACGAGUACCUCGAGGUGCUCGAAUCUUCAAACCCCGCUGCGGAAGAAGAUGAGACCCGACCUCUGAACUUUCUUGCUCGGCGGAUUUCGAAACAGCUUCCGAAUGGUGUUAAGGAGAUUACAUUUCAUCUGGACAACGAUAGAGCCGAUUAUUGGUACGAGAUCGACCAGCACCUUCUCUUUCAGCGUCCGCGGGAAGCCGUCAUUCUUCUCAAAGGGACGGUCAAGACGGCGGAUGAAGUCGCUCAAUCAAAUGCGACUUUCGGGAGACUGGGUGAAGAACUACCUACCGAGUGGCCCAACGCCGAGCGUCUGACGGUCUUUGUUGAUACCGAUGAACCCUUGGACCGGAGCGAUUCUGAACAAGUGCAGCGUUACGUGGUUCCCAUGAGCAAGGCGCUGGCAAAUUAUUCUCAAGGUCUCGCGUGGCGCAUCAAUCUUGGGCAAGAGAAACGAAUGUUGGGAGACGAAGACGAUGUGGAGAUGAGAUUGGUCGACCACGUUCAGAUCCACAUGCCCCACGUUGCAAGAGUGCUCGAGCAAAUGACUGAAGACGGGAGAAAGCAGGUUGAUGGGCUCGUCAGAGAUGGGAGACUGGUGGUGGGAGAGUUUGAAGAGUCUAUGGUGGAUGGUUUGGGACUGAUGAAAUGAUGACAGAUCGUUGGCUGCAAGACAUGAUCGCUACUGUGUACGCCCAAGAAGAAACUUUCGGGGAAUCGAGCGGAGACUAGAGAAAGAGUGAGAGGCAGAAGUAUGGGCGAGCCAAAGAUGAAUAUUCCGGACUGAACUCUGCAAUCAAAGCAAAGUCUCUUUGCGUGAUUGCGAGAGAUCUUGCAUGGUCGAUUGGUUGAGGAGCAAGACGGUCAUAUUGCAAGGGACGGGCGAGAUGGAAGAGCGUAUUGCUUGCUAAGCAUGUACAAGUGUGAACAA